AUGUUUGUCAAAUACCUUCGUAAUCAUGAAACCACUUUCCAUUUCCCCAGUUCCCCCUUUUCGAAUAUCAUACUUUUUUCGAUACGAUCUAUAAUGAGCACUAUUCUUAAGACUGAUAAAGCGCCCGCUGCUAUUGGACCUUAUUCUCAGGGUCUCAAGCUCGGCAAUCUGGUGAUUACCUCGGGUCAGAUCCCCGUUGACCCUGUGACUGGAACCUUCUCCGAUAAUAUUGAAGUUCAGGCCCGCCAGAGUCUGAUGAAUGUCAAGGCUGUCGUGGAGGCUGCCGGAUAUGAAGUCCGUGAUAUUGUUAAGACCACGGUCUUCGUUAAGGAUAUGAACGACUUUGGAAAGGUGAACGCCAUCUACCAGAAGUUCUUUGAAGAGUUCAAUGCUCCGUUCCCCGCUCGUUCCUGCGUUGAGGUAGCUCGUCUUCCUAAGGAUGUGGGUGUUGAGAUCGAGGCUAUUGCUUACAGACCAUUUCCUGUUUGUUAUCAAACAAUUCACAUAAUCAUUUUCUUGGGAAACUUGGGGGGAAGAUUGUCAAGCUUUAGAACACGAAUUGACGAGUAG